CUCGUUACUUCCUCUAUAUGGUUUGCGUUUUGUAUUCGGUGAUUUAAGAUUAUGAACUGCCGAAAGUUGUAAACUUUUUGAAACCUGAUGGUUUUUUAUCGGAAAGAUCCAAUCUUUUUCUUUUUCCCGUUGUUUUUUCUCACUAUUUUGGGGAGAUUUGGGGUUGAUUUUGUGAUUUUGGCCAAACCCAGACCGCACAUCUUGGUAGUAGUUUUAGGGUUUUCGUUGGAAUUUAGGGCUUUUGUUUAAAGGUAGAGAAUUUAUCCGAUUUGAUGGAUGAACCUUUUGAUUGAUAACCUAGGUAGUUUAAUUAUACCAUGACCAUGUAUUGAAUUUUCUCUAUUUUGUUUCUACAAGGGUUCAUAGUGAGCCUAGCCACUUAUUUUACAACCAUGCUUUACCACAUUCUGUUGAUAUUGCUGGCUCAUGCCAUUCCACAGUGGUAAGAUGUGGUGACUGAAGUCAUAUAGGUUUCAGCUUCCUUUAUGAAGACAGUUUAGUCUUCCAAAAUUCUUCAUUAGAUGCUGCAUCCGACUUAGUGGGUAUUCUUACAGUCUUGGUUUGGCUAUGAACAGUAACCCAAAAUAGUGAAUUUGUUUGUGAUUGCAACGUCUGAUAAGCAUUUAUUAGGAAAGCCUCAAUGCGAAAGAUUUCAAUCUACAAUUCAAUAAUGUUCCCAGAAGCACCUAUUGCACUCCGGCUAUCAGCAUUCCUUCUACUGGGUGUUGUUCGAAUAUAUUCAAGGAAAGUUGCAUACUUAAUGGGCGAUUGCGAUGCACUAGCAACAUAUGUAAGGACUGCAUUUGAUCACACUAAAAAACUUGAUUUACCUGAAAAUGCAUCCGCUGCACCAUUUGAAUCUGUUACUAUGCCGUUGCAAACUUUUGAGCUUGAUGCUGUGGAUCUUGAUCUCGACAGCAGCAUUAACUUUGAGAGUACUCCAGAUAAUCAUCUCAAGACACUUGAAGAUAUCACACUUGAAGAUCAAGUCCCAGUUACUCAAGAUCCUUAUCUUGAUUUUUUCAUUAAUGAGGAUAUAAACAUGGAUAGGGAUACUUCUCCACAAGAAAUGAUUCCAGACAGUAGUAGUAGUCAAAUGGAAGAAGACAUUCCUUUAGCUCCAGGAAGUGGUGCUGCUGGUGAUGUUUCUAUUUCAAGUCCAAAUAAGCAAGCAGAACAACUCAAUAAGUCGGUUCCUGAAGCUCAUAUACCUCAAGAAAUUCCUGAAAUCGAAGUUGUGCGUGAUGCUGAUCCUAAUUUGAACCUUUCAGAGCUGCCGGAUAUUCUUGAGGGUGUUGCUGAAAAAUCUUUAGAACAGACAGAAAAUGAGAAGGACACUUCUCCAAAUUCAGAACAUUUGUUAGCUGGAGAGCAAUCUGAACCUAUACAGCAUAAUCAUGAUCCACCAACUGCUUUUGGAUCAGUAGAGUCUUUGGGCAAUGUUGUUUCUGAUAUUUCCUUCAGGAAUGAAUCUUUUGAAAUGGCAAUUCAACCAACGCCACCAAAUGAGAAGGAAAAAGUAAAGUCAAGAAAGAGGAAGCAAUUCUUUGAUAAGAAUCCUGUGUUGUCAAACAAGAUCAUGACUGGACUUGUGAAAGAUGCCAGUAUGCUGGUGCAUAAGAGGAGAAAACUCCCUUGUUCAUCUUUGGAUGUCUGGAGGUUUGAGAACAGGCGUAGAAAGGACCAAAUAUUCUAUCAGUCUUCAGUUACUGGUAUGUCUAAAAGUCUUCAAAAUUUGUUCGAAAGGGAUUAUGUUUCUUCCAGAUCCCAAAAUAUAGGGCCAGGGGAUACUCAAGAAAAUGCGGGUGCUCAUACAUUUGUGCCCGAUGUUGAUAUGGAAGUUGAUAACCAGCAGCCCAAUGUUGGUACGGAAGUCCUGCCCGAUGUUGACACAGAAGUCGAGCGUAUUCCACCUGUUGUAGAAACAGAAACUGAGCAUCUUCAACCUGACGAUAAUCCUGAAAUUGAAUAUGGCCGAUUUGAAGAUGGCUCUGGCUCUGCCGAUAGAGAUUUUAUGACUGAAUUUAUGGCUACUCCAACUCCUUCCAAAACUUCUAUGUUAGAACCUCAGACAGGAAGCUUGUUCGAGACUGAAGUGCCGUCACUUGAUCAAACUAUCCGCACUGAAGCUGUUGGCUCCUCAGUUAUGAAGACUCCUUCGUUUUUUUCAGACCGUCUAGGCAUGAAUGAAUCUGCUAGUUUUUCAGAUAUUCCAGGAUUAUUAGAUUCUGCCGAGGAACUAAACUUUCUGGAAGCUGAUACGACGCCAGUUGGGCGAGAAGAGAAUGAUCCAGUUGAUAAACUUUCUGUGAGGGCCAGUGCUGUGGCUCAAUAUCUGAAAAAUUACUCUCCUCCUGCAACUGAAACAUCUCAAGAUCAAAUUGGGAGUCUUUCUCUAAGCAAGAUUUUACAUGGCAAAACCAGAAAGCAAUGCGCUCGAAUGUUCUUCGAAACACUGGUUCUGACAAGUUUUGAUUAUAUCAAGGCACACCAAGAAGAAGCUUAUGGUGACAUUUCUUUGACACUGACUUCACGUUUGAAAACCCUAUCCUGAGAUAAUAUUCUGGUGCUCUUGUAAAUAGGUUUUGAUUACAGAGCGGAAGGAUGGUAGCAGCAGAAGCUAGUUUUUCUUGUUAAUUUCAAAGGUCAGCAACAGGGUUGCUGCUUCUCUCGAAAGACACAAGACUAGAGAAAGCAUGUGAAUUCAUCUAAGUAGACAACCUAGGAAUCUAUUUAUUUUUCUAUACCCCCACCCAAGCCCUGGAUAGCAAAUAAACAUCUUAUAACUUAAUCUAUAUUAUCAUGCGCUAUUUAUUUAUUUUGGUUUGCUUUCAAUUUCAAAUUUUAGGGAUUACUUGGUAAAAAACAAAGUGGUGUAUAGUUUUUUGCAUUCAACUCCUGGAAGACACAAUCUUUUUUUUUUUAAGUAGUACAGAGUGUAGUCUACAGACAGACUAUUGAAUUUUGUAACUUGUAUCAAAGAAAGUAUGACCUUUCAUAUUGA